CGACCCACGAUAUGCAAAAGUAUCGGGAUGAACUCAUCGAGCAGAGCAUGGUCGUCGGCGCGCUCAAGUUCGGCUCAUUCGUGCUGAAAUCCGGCCGAGUGUCGCCUUACUUCUUCAACGCCGGGUUGAUGAACACCGGGCCGAUCCUCUCCACUCUCGCCUCCGCCUACGCCGCCACCAUCGCCGACGCCUUACGAGGCGAAUCAGACCCUUCUGUCCCUCCGCUGCCCGAGUUCGACGUGCUUUUCGGCCCGGCAUACAAGGGAAUUCCGUUCGGCGCAUGCACCGCGCUAGUCCUUCAUCGCGACUUUGCGAUCGACAUUGGCUUCGCGCACGACCGUAAGGAAGCGAAGGAUCACGGCGAAGGCGGAAUGCUCGUUGGCGCGCCCAUUAAGGGCAAGCGCGUGCUUAUCCUUGACGACGUCAUGACUGCCGGCACUGCCGUGCGAGGCGCAAUCAAGAUAGUGAAAGACGGAGGGGGCGAGGUCGUCGGUGUUGUGCAGUGUUUUGAUAGGGAGGAGGUGGGCAAGGAUGGCGGCAGCACGAUCAGGGAGAUCGAGGAAGAGCUCGGGGGGCCAGGGCGCGUGCGGGUGAUAUUCAGGAUGAGGGAUAUGGUGGAUUGGUUGAAGCGGCAUGGGCGGACGGAGAAGAUGCAAAGUUUGAUGGAGUAUUGGGACAAAUAUGGGUUCAAGGGCUGAUUGCUGGUGAAUUUCGGCCAUGUGCAUCGUUGACUCACACAUCGCUACAUGCCUUAGUAGAUGCAUAUUAUCAGGAAAAGUUGGUAC